AUGCUGAUGUCUGAUGAAGAAAUUGAAGUUAUUGAAGGCAAGAUGAAAUCCCUUGGAACCCUUUUAGAACACCCUAGAAAUGAGUUGCCCGAACUGCAACCAAGUAUCCGGAAUCUGUGUGACUUCUUUAGUGCGUUUCUUAUGUGCAAAAGUCUUCCUUACAGACCGAAAGAUAGACAGAAGUUUGAAACGGGUAUGACGAAGAUUAAGUUGUUGGAAGAUUUGCUAAUCCGUGUCGUGCUUAGAGGAGAGACGGUAUCUGGAGUUUUAAACGAGAGAAGGCGGCAAGCUGUUACUGUUUGA